AUGGACGCCGCCGCGCCGCCCACCUUUACGCCCCUCGAGGACCGGCCCCUCAAGGACACGAUAUGCCUCUUCGACGUUGACGGCACCCUCACGCCUGCUCGCCUGGCUGCCUCCCCCGAGAUGCUCUCCAUGCUCAACGCCCUCCGCAAAAAGUGCGCCAUCGGCUUCGUCGGCGGCUCCGACCUGCUCAAGCAGGAGGAGCAGCUCGGCAAGCCCGCCGGCGUCCCCGUUGUCUCCCUCUUCGACUUCUGCUUCUCGGAAAACGGCCUGACGGCCUACAAGCUCGGCCAGGCCCUGCCCUCCAACAGCUUCAUCGGCUGGCUCGGCGAGGACCGCUACAAGGAGCUCGUCAACUUUUGCCUGCGCUACGUGGCCGACCUCGACAUUCCCAUCAAGCGGGGCACCUUUGUCGAGUUUCGCAACGGCAUGGUCAACAUCAGCCCCGUUGGCAGGAACGCCAGUGUCCAGGAGCGCAUUGACUUUGAGGCCUACGACAAAACGGCAAAGGUGCGCGACAAGUUUGUCGCUGCCCUCAAGGAUCGCUUUGGCGACCUCGGUCUCAUCUUCGCCAUCGGUGGCCAAAUCUCCUUUGACGUCUUCCCCGAGGGCUGGGACAAGACGUACUGCCUCCGACACCUCGACGCCGAGGCCAAGAAGCCUGGCGGCAUCGAGUACAAAACGAUCCACUUCUUUGGCGACAAGACUUUCGAGGGCGGUAACGACUGGGAAAUUUAUAACCACCCGGCCACCACGGGCCACACCGUCAAGGGCCCCGACGACACCAUGCGUAUCGUCAAGGAGCUCUUUGACCUGUAG